AUUUUUAUUGGUUUCAGUCCAAACGCGUCCUGGCGCGUUUUCUCAUAUCCUUCCUCGCACUUUACUCUGAAGAACUCUCCCCCAAAAUCCCAGACCAAGUCAUCCCUAUAAAUCCCACUCCAUCUCUAUCCUCUCCCAUAUCAGAAUCAGAGUCCCAAAUCCUAGAGAGAGAGACAGAGAGAGUGUGUGUGUGUUUUCAUAUACAGACCGUAGAGAUAGAGAGUGCUUAGAGAGAGAAGCAAUGGCUGACUCAAACACAGUCGCAGGUCAAUUCCCGGAAUUCCCGGCUAUUCCGACUCACGGAGGUCAGUUCAUUCAACACAACAUAUUCGGAAACCUCUUCGAGAUCACGGCCAAGUACCGAUCUCCGAUCAUGCCGAUUGGUCGUGGUGCUUAUGGAAUUGUCUGCUCGGUUAUGAAUUCCGAGACGAAUGAGAUGGUUGCAAUCAAGAAGAUUGCUAAUGCUUUUGAUAACUUCAUGGACGCCAAGCGUACGCUUCGGGAGAUUAAGCUUCUUCGCCAUUUGGAUCACGAAAAUGUCAUAGCUAUAAGAGAUGUAAUUCCUCCACCACUACGGCAAGAAUUUUCUGAUGUCUACAUUGCCAUGGAACUCAUGGACACUGAUCUUCACCAAAUAAUUCGAUCUAAUCAAGGUUUAUCAGAGGAACACUGUCAGUACUUCUUGUAUCAGAUCCUUCGAGGACUGAAAUAUAUACAUUCUGCAAAUGUUAUUCAUAGAGAUUUGAAACCCAGCAAUCUCUUGCUGAAUGCAAAUUGUGAUCUGAAGAUCAUUGAUUUUGGUCUUGCUCGGCCAACAUCAGAGAAUGAGGGCAUGACCGAGUAUGUUGUCACCAGAUGGUACAGGGCACCUGAGCUACUGUUGAACUCUUCAGAGUACACUGCUGCUAUUGAUGUGUGGUCUGUGGGGUGCAUCUUUAUGGAGCUUAUGAACAGAAAGCCUUUGUUUCCGGGUAAUGAUCACAUGCAUCAGAUGCGCUUAUUGAUCGAGCUUCUUGGCACACCCACUGAAUCGGAUCUUGAGUUUAUUCGGAGUGAGGAUGCAAGAAGAUAUCUCCGCCAAUUUCCCCAGCAUCCUCGCCAGCAGUUAGCAAUGGUUUUUCCACAUGUCAAUCCGUUGGCCAUUGAUCUCAUUGAAAAUAUGUUGACAUUUGAUCCCAGUAAAAGAAUUACAGUCGAACAAGCAUUAGCCCAUCCUUACCUAGCAAGAUUACACGACAUAGCUGACGAACCGGUCUGCACAGAGUCAUUCUCCUUCGAUUUUGAACAAGCCAUGGGAGAAGAACAGAUAAAGGAUAUGAUUUACCAGGAGGCCAUAGCACUCAAUCCAGAGUUUGCAUAAUCCAAAAAAAAAAACCAUGAAAUGUGUCGGGUAAGCUCAAAUCCAACUAUUUACAAACCAAAUAGUUGAGAUCAAUUGUACUAUGCUUUUUUAAGGUGGGUACGUUUCACAGGUUCUGUUGGUCUCAUAGCUUUUUAGCAUUUUAGAAAGAGGGUUAUUCUCUUGAUUUUUUGUUGAAUCAUUUGUAUUUGUUUAAUUAUUUUUUUUUCCUCCACUUUGAAUGUAUUGCCUACGUUAUUGUAAAGUAGUUUGUAAAACCAGUUGUUGGGAAUAUAUUUAAAAGAAUUUCACCAAUUUUUUGUUUUU